CCUCUCGCUGUUUUGUGGUUGAAACUCAGCUUCUGACUACGGCAUGAAGCUGCCGAUCUUGCGGUCCAACGUGGAAGACCAGAUUCUGUACCAGACUGAGCGCUACAACGAGGAGACCUUUGGCUACGAAGUUCCCAUCAAAGAGGAGGGUGACUAUGUGUUGGUUCUGAAGUUUGCCGAGGUCUAUUUUGCACAGUCUCAGCAGAAGGUAUUUGACGUGCGCUUGAAUGGCCACGUAGUGGUGAAGGACUUGGACAUUUUUGACAGAGUUGGACACAGCACGGCUCAUGAUGAGAUCAUUCCCAUGAGCAUCAAAAAGGGGAAGCUGAGUGUCCAGGGAGAGGUUUCCACAUUCACGGGGAAGCUCCACAUCGAGUUUGUAAAGGGCUACUAUGACAAUCCGAAAAUCUGUGCCCUAUACAUCCUGCAAGGAACAGUGGAAGAUGUUCCAAAGCUGCAGCCGCACCCUGGUCUGGAGAAAAAGGAGGAAGAAGAAGAUGAGGAUGAAUAUGAUGACGGCUCCAGUGUUAAAAAACAGGCAAAUAAGAACCGGGUUCAGUCAGGCCCACGCACACCAAACCCCUAUGCCUCAGACAACAGCAGCCUCAUGUUCCCUAUAUUGGUGGCCUUUGGUGUCUUCAUUCCUACCCUCUUCUGCCUCUGCCGGUUGUGAGAGCAAGCCCCACUGAGCGUCAGCAACGGGGCUGGGAGGGAAGGAGUUGGACCAAACACGGUUGCUUUCAAUUUCUCCAUGUUGUUCAUAAUUUAAGGAAGGAAAAAAAAAAGUGAUUCACUUGAAAUGAAUAGCAGGUCGGGGUAAGAGGGAGCUUACCUUCCCCCUGCCAGCAAGCAGUGAGGCCCUCGCCUUCCCCUUUGCACCACGUGCAGCCUCCAGUCCUCCCUGGGGCACUGAAGAGUAAACUGAGUCCUGGCUGUCCUUGUAUUGGGCUGUUGGAAGCUGAUGCUGGCAGUCCCGGGCCAUGUCCCACACCGAGAGAAAGCCAUGUGCUGCAAGACCUCUGCCUUUGCUGGGUGGAGUAAUGUCCCUAAGCAGGGAAACAGCCCUUACAACCAGGCCUGGGAGCACAUCUUGUCCAGGAGCGUGGAAAUGUUGUGGUGCCGUUGAGUGACUAACGACUGUGGAGGACAGAGGUUGGCUCUUCAGCAUCUCCCUGAGCGCGUGCAACAUGAUGUAUGGUACUCGCCUGCAUAAAGAUACCACGACUCCAACUUGCUGCUCAGCCUCUGCGGAGAAGUUCCCCUCCGAAGAGCACAAGCUGCGCCAGGAGCAGAGGGAUUUAUCUGGCCUGAUUUGCUGCACCAGUUGGGAGAGACUUUCCUAGUCUGACAAUUGUUAACGGUUGAGCCAUUGCAGAGGGACUCUGCUGUAGCCUGCGUGAGGCUGGUGUUCUGUUAGCGUCUGUUCAGGAUGCACUUGUUUUCUCUGUUGAUUACGGCUUUUGUUCCCUUUAACUUUUUUCUUUUCAAAGGUUCAUUUUUAAGUCCAGUUGCUUGUCUUGCCCUUUCUAGCAAAUGACCUCUCCUUUGGAAGAAGCUGAGAGCCAGAUGACCUAGAAAGGAGGUUCUGGUCUUGUUCCUCAAGCUUUCUCAUGAUUUGGUCCCUCCAUGACUGCAACUGCCCUGUGCUGUAGGACAGAGCGGAGCAACCCCGCGAAAGCUCCUUGCGAGCGCUCAGCCCCUGUCGUACAGACCAAGCCUGCCUGCAGCAGUGGGAAACGCAGUGGAGGUGGCUAGUGUCUUCGGUUAGCAUAGGCUUUUGCAUAUCAAGGCGCUGGGUGAAGGGGCGGAUAUCCAACAUUUCAGUACUAGAGACCAAGGUGGUUUGUUGCCCUCCAGAGACCUGGAAAAGAAGAGGAUAGUUGAGACGAGGCCCCUUGGUUUCCCUGGUUGCCUGGUGACAGGCUGGUGAGCCAGGUCACCCGCUGUCCCCCAGGGAUGUUCUGCAAGAGGCUUCUGUUUCCACAUGCAGAGCCUGUGCCUGCCGACAGAGGCUGAGCAGCAGAAAAAAACCCCUCGCUGUCCCUGCCGAUCUCGACCUGCAAGCCCCAGGAGCUGCCCUGCUCUCCUGUGGCCUUGGCCUCUGCCGGGUGGAGCGCUUCCAGCUGGCAGGAGGAAGGGAUGCUCUCCAGGCACGAAAGGCAGCUGGCCUGGUUAGCGGGGGUGCUCCUCGCUCUGACUGGCUGGCUCAGCUUCAAUCCUGAUGAGCUCAGGGCCCAGGUGCAGAACUCGCUUUACCUCAUGUUACCUUCUUGUAAAUACUCUCUUCACCUGGCACAGCGGCACUGAGCAGUGUCCUCCUUGCUUCUGCUGCUCCUCCUUGGACCUGAAUUUUCCUUGCAGUGGUUCUUGGGUUUGAUCCCCUGCAGUGGCUCAGUUCUUAGCCUUUUCUCAAGCUGAGAAGGGUCAGCAGAAUUUGAGGAGAAGGCUGUCUGCUCUGCUGGGUCAAGCAGCUGAAGCCAUUGCUUCCUUCUAACCCUCGAGGUGUGAGAUGUUGGCCUGCGGGCUGCAGGGCAGGCGCUCGGGGAGCUGUCACAGCACUGGUCCCUGCAGCAGUGGUGCUGAACCUCAGUUUUCUGUUUGCAUACGUUGCUGUUUUGGGCGACCCUAAAUCUGUCUGUGAGCUAAAAAGCAAGCAGUAGGAUCUUAACUAACUUAUUCAUUGCACAAGUGGAAGAAGCGUGGCUGCAGUAACAGCCACAGUUUAGGAGAAACAAGAUGGUGCCUGACCGUACUGGGAGGAGAAGGCAGGCUUUAGAGGAGAGCAGAUCUUAAGAGCAAACCUUAGGAUGAAAAGGCAGUAAGCUUGAAGUUGUCUGCUUCAUUUUCUAGCUCCUGUUAAAAUCCUAGUACUCUGAGAACUCUUUAACACAAACUCUGUUUAUUUGGUGGCGGUGCCUCAAAAGACUCCUUGGCGUUUGUUGCAUUGCCCCAACUGGAUCACAGAGAUGUUUGUGCUUCUCCAAACUGAUUAAGAUCUGAACUGCCCUGAUUUGUUAGGCAAAGAACCUGGGCUUGAAAGCAGGCUUCUCUGUAAGGAGCUGUUCUCCUCCAGGCCUUCUAGGUUGUGUUUGCUUUGAGCAUCCUUGAAGCAGAGACUCGCUCGCUUUCUUGUGGCUCACCGAGUGAUCUCUGCACCCUGCAUAGCAUGGAAAAAGGUGCCUGUGCAAGUCGGAGACAGGUCUUCUAGGACAGCUUAUCCCUGCCUCUCCUGGCAGUCAGGAUGCCCGUUUUGUGUCCUGGGACACCCGAAGGCAAAGCUGUGCAAGGUUUGAACUGUUGUGUUUGAGUUGGUCAAUUCAAAUGAAUUUGUCUUGUUUUGGCUCUGGUUUAUCUAUUUUUGUCACUAGUGCAAAGCUGGCGUUAGCUCUUCGGGCAAUUGUGAGGUUUCCGGACUCUGUUGCAGUGGUGGGAGCAGCUUUCUUUGGUCCAUCUCCCUGUCAGGUGUGAUUCAGAAAGGGCCAGCAAAUGAAGCAGUAUGGGAGCACAGGAGGACAGCAGAGAUAACCAGUUGGCACCUCCUUGGGAAUGGUAUAUGUGCUCGGUUGGCUCGUCCUUGUCAUCUCUGGCACCUGCGUGCCGGUCAGGUGGGUGUUAUGCUCUACCUGACCCUGAUUUGGGAGAGAAAAAUGAGCCGGCUGUACCUUUCCACCAUGGGAGUGUCCAAGAGGGUGUCUAACUGCAACCGGGUUGGUGCUUUGCUGCUUCCCGACUGCAGCAGCAGGCAGCUGAGGUGCAUGUCCCUGUGCAGCGGCGUGGGGAGCUGGAUCAGGACAGGCCCGAGCUUGACUCUUGAAGUAGUUGCAUAAAUAGGGGCAGAUAAGGCAAUUUUAAUGCAGCUCCUUGCUGUAGGUGAUGUUCUGGGCCUGGCUCUAGCCUCGGUGCCGUGGUUGCAAUGCCGAUUUUUCAUUCCUCCCCCUUCAGGCCCUCCCCGCUGUCCCAGGGAUGCAGGGGCCCAGCUGGCAGUCGUCUCUUAUGGUUUGUGUCCUCAACUUUCGUACCUUUAAGCCGGGCCUUCCAUUUCCCUGCUGUGCGUGAGACUGGAACAGCAGCUCUGACCCUUUUGGGAAUCCCAGGUGGCAAUGAGCAGAAAGCCAAAUAAAUUCCCGUCUCUUUUUUUGGUGCCUUUA